GAAUUGACACGCUCCUUUGUUUUAUAUUAGAUUCAAGUGUGCUGGCGUUGAAGCAGAACGCUAAAAGACGAUGUUAUCACACUGCCUAAAAAGAGAUUUCGUCCUACUUCUAUUCCUGGCAAUUUUCUUCUCUACAAACUAUGCUUCGGCAAGGAAACGAAAUCAACCUGAAGUUAAAAUUUGUCAAGGAAUCCUGCGAGGAAAAAUACUAAUAACGCAGAGUAAACGACGUGUGUCAGCUUUCCUGGGAAUUCCUUAUGCACAACCACCAACUGGAAAUCUUCGCUUCGCAAAUCCAGUGCCUGCUUAUGGUUGGAACGGGAUUCGAAACGCUAGUGUCGAUUCGAAUAAAUGCCCUCAAGUCUCAUCGUCAAGCCACGAGCUAACGGGGGAUGAGGAUUGCUUGUAUCUGAAUGUGUACACGCCGCGGCUUCCCAAGAGGGCAAUAUCACGACUACUUCCGGUGAUGGUAUUCAUUCACGGUGGAUCAUUUAUCGUCGGUAGCGAUAGUUCAUCGGUUUUCGGCCCGGAAUACCUCCUCGACAAAGAUGUCGUUCUCGUAACCCUAAACUAUCGUCUAGGACCACUAGGAUAUUUGAGCACCGGCGAUACAGUGGCUUCCGGAAAUUGGGGCUUGAAGGACCAGGUUCUGGCCUUGAAAUGGGUUCAGAGUAAUAUCAACUCCUUUGGCGGCAAUCCUGAUCAGGUGACGCUGUUUGGACAAAGUGCAGGCGCGAAUUCGGUUCAUCUUCUGACAAUGAUGGAAAUCACGAUUGGGCUUUUCCACAGAUAUAUAACGCAAAGUGGAUCCGCCCUUGCAGCAUGGGCUUAUAGACCAAGUGGCCCUUAUGCUAGACAAGCAUUUGACCUCGGUGAACAUGUUGGCUGUUCCAAUACAUCAACGGAUUCCCUGAUUAAAUGCUUGCGGACAGUCGAUGUUUCGAAUAUUAUAAAUUCUUACUCGAGAUUCAAUAUUUGGCAAUCAUUCCCGAUAGUAGUAUGGGGCCCAACUGAUGAGCCAAAUUUUGAUGGUGCCAUUCUCACUGACAGUCCUCAAAAUUUAAUUCGCAAUGGUCGGGUUCAAGAUUUGCCUUGGAUGUUAGGAGUUUGCCAAGAUGAAGGAUUAUUUCUGACUAUACCUUUUCGUGAAAAUGUGACACUACUUGAUGACUUUCUGGCAAAUUUCGACCGCAUCUUACCUACUUUGUUAAACUGGAACUAUUUACCGGGGUCGGGAUCCGCUUGGAUUGAACACAUCAAGUCAUACUACUUCAAAAAUUUCGAAGGCGACAAAGACAUGAUACUCACAGACCUAACAGUUCUUGCGAGUGACGCUUAUGUCCACUAUCCGAUUUAUGAUGCACUCCGACAACAGUUUGCAACGGCUGUGAAUCCGCAAUAUUUUUACAAUUUCGAUUAUCGUGGUGCAUUAAGCUCGUCGUACACGUAUGGCGAUACUACGACGAACUACGGCGUGCCGCACGGUGAGGAACUUAUAUACCUGUUCCCAGAAACAGCAAGAUUUUCAAGUUUCAACAAAACUCGAAGCAAGAAAGAUUACAAAAUGGUCAACAUUAUGGUGGAUUUGUGGACGUCUUUUGCUAUCCAAGGGAAACCCACGACUCGGGUUUUUGAUAAGAACAUGAAAUGGGAACCAUUUUCAAUCACGGAGGACAACAACCUUCACAUCGGAAAUAAAUCCGAUCUCGCACUCACCGUUGAAUAUUUCUAUUUCAAAAGACGUCUGCAGUUUUGGGAUGAGUUAAAAGCUAAGAUACCGUUAUAAUCAGU